AUGUUUUCAAUUACUUCUUUGACCUCUUUACUGCUACUUUUACCGCUGAUUAAUGCGUGUGCCACAAAAUUCAAUCCAUGCAAUCGACGUUCGCUUUGUGGAUUAGGGACUUGUACACCAUCAGAAGAUUGCCUGUAAGUUCUUUUUAUCAUAUUACCAUUAUCGAUUUCACUAUCAAAAUCUAGGAUUUUGAGUGUAAAUUUAGACGACUUAUAUUGAGUAAUGAACCGGUUGUAACCGCGGUGUUUUGACCUUUUCUUUUCAGCGACUUCAAAUGCACUUGUCCCCCAGGAUUCUCGGGAAAAUUCUGCGAACAUACCAACCUUCCAUCUUGUGGAUCAAACUCCAGAACCCAAUGCAUGAAUGGAGGAACCUGCCACAAUAUUCUGAGUGGUUUUGUCUGCCAAUGCCCUAAGGGCUUCUACGGUUUUGCCUGUGAAUUUGCUGACCCAUCCGUUCCAGAGAAUUGGGGAGUUCCCAGCAUUGAAGAGGACGAUGAUUUGGAGUUGAUGAUGGACAUCCCAGAAGGAUGGAAGAGAGUUGAUGACAAACUGAUUGUGGUCACUAAGAUUUCAACACUCAAUGAGUUGAAGAGCCAGUUGAGCAGAUUGUUUGAGGAAAUCAGAAACUUCACAAAUGUUCGUUUGGAAUUUUCAAAGUUUGAAGAUGGAGAGGAGUUUAUUCACGGGGAAGAUUGCAGUGAUGGUAAGUCAAAAGUUUGUACAUUUAUUUUAUGAUAGUUACUACGUUGUAGACACCGGUUUUUUUGUUGCAAAAUUUUAAAAAUUAGAGACGUUGUCCUUACAUGUGCUUUUCAGAUACCCAAAAAUGCCAAUACACCGCAAAUCUCUUUGCUCUGGUACCUGAAAAUGAGACUGACAUUUCCAUUGAUUAUGUGAUGUCACUUCUCAUGAACCCUGUUUUCCCGAAUCACCUGAAUCCCGAAGAACUUCAUGUUGAUGACAAUACUGGCAAGGAUCAAAAACCAUUGUCCUGGACGUUUAUCGGAAUCGUUGGAGUGGUUGUAGGAGCCAUGAUGGUGAUCGGAUCUUUCGGAGGUUUAUUGCACACUUCGAGGGGAAGGCCGUUCAAAUAUGGGACAACCGUGAAGAAAGCGCCUCUUGACCUGGAGGUAGGCUAUUAAAUUUGAAAUAGGAAUAGAGUGUGGGUGAUUUGAGUGUAAAAGAAAUUUAUACUAUCAGCAUUACAAUUUUCGUCAAAAAGCCUGGUUAUAUAAGAGUGAAGACAGAAGAUUUCGGAGGAAAAUUUUGAAAAUUUUUCGAAUUCAUUUUUUUGUGAAAAAGAGAGUAAAAAUCGAGAAAUUUUAUGGGUCGGCGAGUAGGAAUCGAAAUAGCUUUCAAAAUUUCCAUUUUUGGAGUGAAUUCCGAGUUUACUUUUUUUCCGCCUUUUUUUGGAGUAAACUCAGAAUUUACUCGCCGAAGGUGCCGGCGAGUAAAUCCAGAGUUUACUCUCGGGGAACAGUCGACCCCUGAGCGCAAAAAAUUUUUUUUAUUUGCGUUAGUAAUUCGCGCCCAACUUUCGAAAAAUUUUGCCAAAUCCUGACUGGGAGGCUGCAGUCAGGAUUCGCGGGGUUCCUGACUCUUCGUACAGUCAAAACUUCCCGACUGUUGGCCCAGUCAGGAACCCGCGAUUCUUGACUGGGUGAGGGGUCAAUAACUGUUGACUAGGACGAAGAAAUAGGGAGAAAAAACGAAGAGAACGAGAGAAACGCGCGCUAUUUCGUGCUGUCUCUGCUUCUCAGCGCCCUCUUUCCGUUUCGCGCUCUCUCUCUCUUUUUCGAAAGAAAGAGCGAGAGAGCGCAAAAAAAGGAGAGAGAGCGAGAGAGCGGGAAACGAAGAGAGGGCGCAGAGAAGCAGAGAGAGCACGAAAUAGCGCGUGUUUCUCUCGCUCUCUUCGUUUUUUCUCCCCGUUUCUUCCUCUCAGGUGACUGGGAUGUCGAUUUUGAGGCCGCCCAGUCAAAAACAUUCCUGACUGCAGGAAUCGCGGGAUUCCUGACUGGGAGGCUCCCAGUCAGGAUCCGGCAAAAUUUUUCGUAAGUUUGGCGCGAAUUGCGCCCGCCUUACAUCUUGAACAUAGCAAAAUAAAAAAAUUAGUCCUAAAAAAAUUGAGUCCUGGGUCAUCUGUGCCUCUGUGAUAGCUGAGGAAAUAAUUGGAAGCGAGUAAAAUCCAGAUUUACUCGCCGCCAUUCGAUUUCUCGGCCGUGGCGAGUAAACUCCCAGUUUACUCCCGAAAAUCAAAUUUUUUUCCAAAUUUUGGAGUAAACUUCGUGUUUACUUUUUUUUUGGCAUUUUUGGGAGUAAAAAAAAUUUUUACUCCAAAAUCGAAAAAAAAGUGAAUUCGAAAAAUUUUCAAAAUUUUCCUCCGAAAUCUUCUGUCUUCACUCUUAUAUUUCUGGAAGCUUCCUAAUUUUCAGUCUAAAAAGCGAUAGGGAGAUUUUUAGGAAAAAACCAAAAUUUAAAAAAAAAUUGAAAUUUGUCAUGAUUAAUAAAUAUAAAAAGAAAAAAAUCAACCUUGACAUUAUAAAAAUAUUAUCGUUAUCCCUUUCAGAAUGCUGUUCCGUCCCCUCAAAUGCAACAUCUCAUUCAACUCCAAAUACACGCCGAAUCCAAGCUCAAAUUGAUCUACUCCGGGUGGGAGUUGACUCCAGAAGACCAGCAGUUUAUCAGAACUUACCGCACAGUCUAUGGAGACUCUGUUCUGCAUAUGGUCGCCAGGGCUCAAAGCUUCAACGAGCAGUUUAAUAUUCAAGUCGCCGGAAAUUUAAUUCAAAUGGGAGUCGAUGUCAACGCGGUUAACAAGCAAGGAAGUAGCCCAAUGGAAACUGCAGUUCUCCAUAAUCAGACCGGUUUGGCCAAGUUUUUCAUGGAUAAUCAAGCGGAUAUUGUUCUACAAAAUCCAAAAAAUGGAUAUACCAUUUUGACUGCUGCAAUCUCCAUGAAGAACGUCAAUUUUGUUAAGGAUAUUUUGGCAUUACCUCAGGCCGAGACGCUUCUGAAUAUGGCAACCAAAUCUGACUAUCCUCAAAGCCCAUUAACGCUGGCUGUCAAUCAAGGGCAAAUGGAGAUUUUGAAGAGCAUCUUGGACUGUAUGAUUAAGAAGAAGAUCGUCAAUGAUGGAAUUGUCAACCCGAAGAUGAAGCAGGUUGGAUAUUCUGCACUUCAUUAUGCCGCAUUGGAAGGAUCAGUGGAAUCCGCCAGACUGAUUUUGGAUUAUGAGAAGAACAGUGGCAAGAAAAAUAAGAAAUAUGUCCAAUUUAUGGAUCGGGAAGACUAUCAGGUAAGUCAUACGGAAUUCAAAUUAGGGUAACGUUUUAUACGACAAAAGGGUUUUUGAAGACUUUACGGUAUAAAAAGACAAACCAUGACUUUUUAAAUUCAAAAAUAGAACGUAUAAAAUGUUACACAAAAAUAUCUGUAUCCUCUACUGGUGACGUGUUACACAAAUUUUUAUUUCAGGGUCAAACUCCUCUUCAAACUGCUGUUGUUUGCAAGUGGCUCAAUGUUAUUAAAUUUCUGCUUGAAGCCGGAUCCGAUCCCAAUCACAAGGAUCUUGUUGGAAAAUCAGCCUACAAUCUGGCCGAGGAAUCAAAAGACGAAGAAUUCAAAAGACAAUUUGAUGAGAUUUGUGCGCAAACUGGUGCUCCAAAGAAAGUUGUUGGCGGAAAGAAGAGGACUUAUCAGGUAAGGAAGGCGUGUGAGAUAAUUUUUUAGAGUAUGGUAUAAUACAAGAAUUAUCAAAAAAUUGAAUUUUUUUUUGUCAGUCUAAAAUACUUACCAAUACAUUUUCAGGCCCUAAUUCAACCCGAUGUCCAGCCAAUUCCCAAGCAAUCACGGCCCAAUCAGGUCGAUAAUCGUCGAAUUUCCGUGGAAUCGGGCAUUGCGUCUGCUGACUCUUCGUUUUCCUCGACUUGCUCUCCCAGUUCGGCUCCUCAAAUCCAACCUUAUCUACCACAAUUUGGCAACUGGAAUCAGCCAGGAUACGAUUUUAGUCAAUUUAACUCCUAUCAAAACAUGAAUUAUGGGUUUGGAAUGCAAGGAAAUGGCCAAAUGAACUCGGUGAAUGGCCUCAUUAAUACCCCUGUGGCUGCUGGCACCUAUGGUAAUUUGGGAUUGCCAAGUUUAUAUCAAAAUAACUUGAACUUCAAUUCAAAUCUCUUCCCUGCUAUGACUAUGAAUCCUCUUUAUCAAUCUCCCAGUGCGACAACCUUGACUCCUAAUUCGCAAAUUUGCCCUCAGGCAGCUUAUUCUUCCCCCACUACAUUGAAUAUCCCUCAGUCUUCUCAGUCGCCCCCUCAGGCUAUUAGUUCUCAUUCAAACUCUCCUCAAGUCUUAUCGCCAGCCAAUCUUGUUCAAAAUCCCACUCAGAAUUAUCAAUCCCAAUAUCCUUAUCCGUCUUCAAAUUACUCUAUGAAUAUGCAAAUGACCGGCUCCCAGAUGAAUCUCGACCAAACGGGGCAUAUGAAAUCGCAGCAUACUUAUUUGUCUUCCCAGAUGUCUUUGAAUACCUGGUCCAAUUCGAAUCAGUAA